GUGUGUGUGUGUGUUACAUUUUUUAAAUGCAUGAGAACUCAUUUUCGUCGAUUUAACGGAUUUAAUUACGAAGAUAACUCGAAUUUUAUAAUUAACUCUCCGGUCAUAAUGGGAGAUUAUAUGGGAGGAUAAUAUACCUUCUGUUGAAAAUAGGGAUCGAUUUGACAUUCUGGGGAUAUUUUCGCCCUUCAUCACAGAAAGGUAAGACCAUUCCAUUCCGUUAUCAGAUCCCACUCCAUGUCUUGCUUUCAACUUGCCCUAUCGCUCUCUCUGGCAGCCCCCCUUUAAAGUAUCUAUCUGGAAAUCAAACAAGAACAGAAUACAAAGGGGCGAGGGGCACUCGCUCCAAUACAAUGAUCGCACAAACUGGAAGGCAGCACGACCAUCCAAACAGGGCCAGCAGCAUCAGCAGCGGUUUCCCGCGUUCCCCAGCGACGACCUGUCACCGCUCGUCGUCCACAGCCGCGGAGAACGGCCAGCUGUUCCCCAGCAGCGCCUCGUCCAGGAGGAGACGAGACACCCCGACGUCCGCCGCCGCCGCAGCCAGCCUCAUUUCGGAGGGGAGCCGCAGCAGCAGCGCCAGGCCCCUGGUCUCCUCCGCCACCGCCACCGCCACCUCCACCAACACCGCUACCUCCACCUCCAUCAUGACAUCGGGGGAAUUCAUGCAGACCGCGCCGCUGUUUGUGCAGAAGUCCAAGCGCGGUGCGCUGUACAAGGCGCUGUGCUUCCUCCUCCUCCUCUUCCAAGGAGGCGUGCUGGACUUCUACCUCAUCGUGUUCACCGACCUGUACUGGUGCUCGUGGAUCGCCACGGACCUCGUGGUCAUCUCGGGCUGGGGGAUCUUCUUCAUCAAGAACGCCCGCAGCAAGCGCGAACGGGCCUGCGGCUUCCACCAGAAGAACUCCAUCUUCGGCUGCAACCUGGGCGAGUUCACGUACGCCUACCUGGCGUGGCUCAUCUACGUGAUCGCGUGCACCCCCAAGGUGGUGCUCGUGCUGGAGACGUCGAUCCUGGACCUCGUUGCGCUCAAGGUGCCUUGUGGCGUCACGGGCUUCAAGAUGGUCGUGCUGCUAUCGGCGCCGCUUCUCCACUGCCUGAUCAACGCGAUCAUCGAGGACCUGAACGGGGCGACGCGGCACCACGCCACCAGCUGCUUCCUGGGCACGUGUCUGGACCUGCUGGACGGCUUCACCCUGGUGGAGAUGCUGCUGAAGGGCGAGAUCCCCACGCCGUACCUGAAGUACACCGUCAUCGCGGUGUACUUCGUGGCGCUGGGCGUCCCGGUGCUGUGGCUGUACGAGCUGACAGCCUCGGAGAUGCGGUGCCGCUGGGUGUGGGCGCGGUUUUUGGGCGGCGUGGUGGUCAACGCGCCCUUGCUGGUGGUGCGGUGUUUUCAGGUGUACGUGUACAACAUGCCAGUGUCCGUGUUUAUGUUUAAGAACGUGUUUUUGCUCGCGUGCAAGUGUCUGGAGCUCGUGGAGCAGUGUCUCGCGGUGAGGGGUGCGAGGAGGUUUGCCAACGCGGGGAACACGGCUCAGUUUUCCCACGGUGUUUCUGAAAACGACAUGUGCCCGCACGGCUAUGUUAACACGCUGGCCGUCACCACACAAUCGUAAAAGUGAGACUUCUGCCUUUUUUUUGUGAAGAAUAUCGUCGAAGGGGGAAUAGGGGGGGGGAUUAUGAUGGCACUGUCAUUUAUUUCAGACCCAAACAAAAAGGUGCUAUAAAGUUCCCGCGUAGUUUUCAGACAGGAACACGUGCAAUAGAAGACAUGUUUGGACAAUUUCAAGUUGGGUAAAGUCUGUCGUCGAAACGUCGUUGAUGUGCACUUGUACUGAAAGGCACUUUAACCGUGAACCGUGUUGGUGUGCAAUGUUGGAUAUACUAACUAUUUAAAUGAUCUAUGGAUAUUGCUCUGAAUUAGGCUGUCUUAUGGUGUAUAUUUCCGCUCGUCUGCUGGUUUGUGGUGACUUUUACAAUGUAUCCCAAUCUCGCAAACGGAAGGCACUUGUGUUGACAUCCACAAAACAUCCAAAUGGGCAUGAGGCCAUUGUUGAUUCACACAGGCGUACUUCUUUAUUAUCUCGCCACUAGAUCAUCAUAAAAGGUACAAUCUGGAUGGAUUGGUUUAUGUAUGUUUAGUUUGUUGUGAUAUGAUUGUAGGCUACUACUACUACUACUACUACUACUACUACUACUAAGUGGGUCUAGGUUGGUCCUCUGUCAAUCAUGAAGAACAUCCAAACACACGAUUUGUGUACCACCAUAUUGGCAACGACUUAUAAGUUAUAGUUGUAAGCUAAACAUGAUGAAGAGUAGAGUUUAUUGUUUGGAAAUAUUGAGACAAUCUGUGUCGGCAAAGGAGUAUGAUUGAAUUUCGUCAGCACACGGAAAAGGCUUCUGCUUCCUUAGCAUACAAAUAUACAGUAGCUAUAUGUACAGAGAAGUAUAGGUUUAAGUGAUAGUAUUACCUCAGCACACGAUAUGUAAGAGUAUUUCACAAGCUUCUGUUUUAUCUAGCGGGGGUGGUCCGGACGGUAUGAUAGAAUAUAUAUAUAGUGCACAAGGACUUCCAUUGUGCAAUAUGGUGCAGACAUUCAGUGACGAUCCUUUAUUCAGAUGGUUGUACGUUUAGUUUUUAGUGCCUCAACCCUGAUGUGUUCCCCUUUCCCCAGCGGUGGUUGAUUUGUGCCUUGUUUUACUGUGUGGCCCAAAAUCAACAGUGGACUGUUGAUAUCCACUUCUCAACAGGUGUUGCUCGUUACUCUAAUUAGGGGUCUGCUCCUUUUAUGGCAUGGUCAGGCAGUAGACUUAUCUACACUAGUGGAGUCGACAACCUGUGCUCUGGUCUGAAAAAAGGAUCCAUAAUUACUUAGGAGUGACACCUGUGUCACUCAUCAGGUGUUGGGUCCAUAAAAGGAACUAUAAUUAGUGACAUGGGUUAGUGGCACCUGCGUUAAAGGUGUCACCCAACUACAGUGACGCCUCUGAAAUGGGAUUACUUGCAAUUACUUCACAUUAGUAACAGUGAUACAAUUGUAGGACAUUUAAACAUGCACCAUGUGACUUUUCUAGUGCAAUUAUUUACUCCCUCAAGCUAUCUAAUCUAAAACGCAUCCAAGAUUCAAUAUAUCAAGGGAAUUUUUCUCAUCAUUUUAUUCUGGUUCAUCUCCCCCUCUCCCUUAAGGGACACACUUGCAUAAUGCAGGUUUAAAUACAAAAAUACAUGUCAAAUACAUUCGAUAUUGUGCAAUCGAUGGAUCUAUUUCUUUAUUAUUACCGUUCUAUUCAGUCACAGAAAGUUUUAUGAAACUUUAACUGGGUUAAUUGCAUAAUUUAGCAUUGACCAACAGUUGAGGAAUCAUGAACUACACCCCCUGCUUCUGCCUUCUGAAUCACGUUAGAUACUUAUACCGCUGUGUGUUAUUAGUCACAUUCUGUAUGGUGUUAGUUCACAAUCGGUUCUGGACUUGACUUGAUAUAGCAAGAUGACCACACUGAGAGUUGUCUUUUUGUGUUUUUCUUGUCACCGGUCACAUGCCAAAGUUGUUAAAGAGUUACCAAAUACUCAAACCAAAUCUCAUGAACAGUGCAAGAGACGGUAUCAAACACAACAGGUACUCAGACACUUGGUGUCUCAGUCGUUUGUAUUUUGUAUUCUGUAUUCCCCGGCGAAAUCCCCUCCAUUACAAGAUAUAACAAUGAAAUUGAAUUAGCAAUGGUUAAGCAGAGAUGGCGCUGUUUCUAGAGGCGAGAGUUAAGUGCUUGGUGACUCAAGAAAGUUUGACCCUUCUUUAAACCAUGUCUUAUUGAUAGCAUCAUAAGUGUCGGCAGCAUGCUAUGCCAUUUUUAAAUCUCUGCUUUUCAACAGUUUUCUUUCCCGACUGCAGUUUUUAAACCGUAGCAGACCUGCGCUGCGCUAGAUCAACCAUACAUUUAAAUCACGACAAUUGUUUCAAAAGGCGUACGGUUCGUACUUAUUGGGUCAUUACCCACUCGGCUUAGCAAAAGAGGAUAAAUAAAGAAAGGCUGAAUAAGUUCACACAGGUUGGGUUUCAAAAUUUCACAACAAACCACAAAAUGGUGCAUGCGGAGUUGUCGCUAUUUUAAGAUACACUCUUAGCUCUCAUUUGACCCUAAAUCACUUCCAGGUCAAUGACUCAUUAUCAGAGGGGGUUCACAGAAAGCAGACAUUCUACCUGUACAAUGUGUGUUAUCAAUAUUGAUAUGACCAAUUGUAUGUACUGUAGAUUGUACAACAGAGUAUU